ACUAAGGCACAUUCAUCACAGAGUGGACAGAUGGAGCGAAGACAUGUGAGGCCUUCCUUGCAGAUGAGGAGAGUUACUGCACAGCUGCUGAUAAGUUGGUUCAGAUUUCCCACUGCUACGGCUUUGACGGCUGGCUCAUUAACAUAGAAAAUGUGCUGAGUGAGACUGCAGUGAAGAACACUGGACCCUUUCUGCGCUACCUCACAGACCAGAUGCAUGAGCACGUUCCAGGCAGUGUGGUGAUCUGGUAUGACAGCGUGCUGAAAAACGGCACGCUCGAUUGGCAGAACAAACUCAAUGAUGACAACAGAAUCUUUUUUGAUGCCUGUGAUGGAAUAUUCACUAACUACAACUGGACAGAGCAGAGUCUGGAGUGGAUGAAGUCCUACUCUGCUGCUCAGGGCCGCUUUGCUGACAUCUAUGUUGGUAUUGAUGUGUUUGCAAGAGGGAAGGUGGUUGGAGGGAAAUUUGAGACCAAUAAGGCUCUGAAUAUGAUUAGGAAGUAUGAAUUUUCAACAGCCAUCUUUGCUCCUGGCUGGGUGUACGAAUACCACGAAAAGGCAGAUUUCCGCCAAAACCAGGACAAGUAAGCUCUUUAGAGCACUCCACUUGGACUGCUCAUAGUUUGCUCACUGUUUUGUGAUGGAAAGUGUUUGUAAGCGUGCGCACACACACACACAAGCAAACGUC